AUGUCUGAUCCACAAACCAGUGACAAGGCAGUUGACCAGCCUGCGCCGACAUCAGGUGACGCGCCCCAGGAGGAAGCUCCCACAGGGCUUCUCCCCGGUCAGCAUUGGACGCAGACCGAGCCAGAUCAGAACGACGAAGAUGACGAUAAUGACUCAACACUAUCGGACAACGCAAGCUCAACCGCUUCGCUUUCUUCCGAUAUCUUGCGCUACCGAGAAAUCAACGGUAGAAGAUAUCAUAGCGAACAAGGCGAUGCUCAGUACUGGAUUUCAAACGACAACCAAGCCAAUGAAGCACUGGACAUCAAUCACCAUGUUCUGAUUCUCAUGUACAACGAUAAACUCUACAAAGCACCUUUGAAAGAGGAUAUACAGGACGUUGUAGAUAUUGGAACAGGCACAGGAAUCUGGGCAAUGGACUUUGCCGAUGAGUUUCCAAGCGCAAAAGUGGUAGGAAUCGACAUUUCCCCAAUCCAGCCAGGCUGGUUACCACCGAACCUUGAAUUUCAAAUCGAUGACUGUACCCAGGAAUGGACUUUCAAAGAGAAUUCACUUGACUAUGUACACAUGAGAUUCCUGGUCGGCAGCAUUGUUGACUGGCCUGGGCUGUUCAAGCAGGCAUAUAAAUGUCUGAAGCCAGGAGGUUAUAUCGAAAGCCACGAGGCCUCGCCCUGCAUUGGCAGUGACGAUAACUCAGUAUCUGAAGAUAGUGCUAUGGGUCAGUGGGGGAAAAUCUUCAUGGAAGGAGGUCGAAAGCUUCAACGGCCAUUCUCCGUUCUCGAAGACAACGUUCAAGUUGAGAGCAUGAAAGAAGCAGGAUUCGUCAACAUUGAGGAAGAAGAGAUCAAGGUACCUAUCGGCGGAUGGCCUGAAGAUCCCAAGCUCAAAGAGGCCGGUCAGUAUUUCCAGGCUGCAAUCCUACAAGACGUUGAAGGCACUCUCAUGUUUAUCGCAAACCUAUUGGGGUGGAGCAAAGAAGAGAUUCACGUCUUUGCCGCUCGCUACCGCCGUGAAAUCCGGUCGAAAAAGGUCCACGGGUACUUUCGUGGAAAGGUGGUAUGGGCGCAGAAGCCUCUUGACGACUAA